AGUGCUAUGUAGGCCCUCCUUUCGUUUCUUCGUCAUCGUUGGUUUCGCAUCCCUCUCUCAUUUUUUUUAAAGUUCCCAUUUCCAAACGCGAAAGCGCGGCGGCCGACAACGGACUGCGUGACAGCCGCCGUGCUUCACCGCGCUCUCUCUACCCUCGUCAUCGUCCUUCUCCCUCUUUCUCUCUGCUUGUGUGUGCGUAUUCGUGUGUUGUGGGUGCGCAGCGUGCAGCGAUGUUGCGCCUCACCCGUCAUCUUGCCGAGCACAUCCAGAGCUCCGCCCAGUACACCACGCCGGUGUUUCACAGCACCAAGCGGAGCUCCUUCUGGGCGAAACGCCGCCGCAACUUCUACCAGCGCGGGUGCAUCGGCAGGCUCUUCACCGUCUGCGGCUACGGCGCUGCGGGCGUGGCGGCGUACCUGGCGACCUGCCUCGUUGUCCGCACCCUCCACCAAACCACCGUCGAUGGCCUCUUCACCCCUGGCGAGGACUACACGUUGGAGGAGUGGCACACGAUUGAGCCGACGCUGCGGCCGGGCGACAUCGUUUUAAUGCGCGGGAGCGGGCUCAUGAGCUGGACGAUAGCGACUUUGCAGUUCGUCCUCUCCUGCAUGCACCCCGCCGCAUUGCGCUACUCGCACGUGGCGGUCGUCGUCGCCCCUGCCAUCGUGGAGUACGUGGACGAGGACGCCUGCCACAACGGCGCGGCGCAGCCCCAGCCGUAUAAGGUGGAACGUUUGGAGGACUUGUUUGCCGAGGAGGGGACGUCCGCCGAGCCAGCGGCAUCGCCCAGCGCGGCGGCUGCAUCGAAGGGUGAUCUCGCCGUACGUGCGCAGUUGCAGGCGGAGGAGGCCGCCCUGCGGCGUCGCCGCGUACUUCGGCGAGGUGCGGUAAUUCUAGAAGCGAUGGACAACAAAGAAUUCGACGUGCCCGACGUGACAGGGAAGGUGAUUCAUGACACGGUGCAGCUCGUAGAGGCCUCACACCGUCUCUUCUCCAUCACCCCCGACGGGUCGCCCGCCUACCACUACUUCGCGGUGCGUCGGCUGCAGAACUACGAACACACGCCCGCACGGCAGGCGAAGCUACGGCAGUUUUGCCUCGACAGCGAGGGGCGCCGGAUGGAUGGGAGUCUGCUCUACCCGCUGGCGUUUCUGUUUGCACGGCUGCACACGCUGACUCGUCCGCUGCGCAGCGCUGUCUCGGGCGAGGUGUCGUGCAGCGAGUUGGUCGUGGAGCUGUAUCAAGAACUCGGCGUGGUGCAGCGUCACUGGCGUUGGGUGCCGCUGGGCCGGUCAUCAACUGCAUCGUCUCCCCAGAAGAACGAGGAUGACGAUAGUGAUUCAGUAAAGGAAAACGACGUAGGCGAGGAAGAGGCGAUGCCCUCGCCGACGCCGGCCGAUGUGAUACACGACCGCAGCGCGAACUCGCUGCACGUGUAUGACUACGUCUACGGUCGCAUCAACGACCGCGACGGCAAACCCGUUAUGUCGCGUGACCGACCAGCGCUACCGGAUGCGUCAACCAUCGAGAAUGGGGAUGUCCUGGCGGAGUCGGAGCUGCGUACGCGGUCGGCAGUGGCACCGCUGCGGCCGGUCUGGCCCGAGGUGGAUGCCGUGAAGGAGUUCUCCGACCUUUUCGGGCGGACGUUGGCCGGCGAGGCGGAUGAGGCGGCACGCGAGAAGAUGAGAACGCGCGCGACGGCGUCAUAUGUCCGCCGCCAUGCGACUCCGACUCCUGUGCUGCGCUCCGGCGCCGUGGCGAAGGGCGUCGACGGCAGGGAUUAUCAGCUGCAGUGGUACUACAAGCACAACAGCAUCGCGACCUGCCCCUUCCACUUUACGCAGGGCAUCGGCGAGUCGGUGCUAGACUUUGCCAUGAACAUUAGUCUUGGCCCGGAGAUACACAUGCGCAUUGAUCGCCCGGGCGAUGCGGCCGGGUGGAUCUUGGAGGGCGAAUAA